AAGCCGAGAUGAUGAUGAUGAUGAAUAUGCCAAGAAGUUGUGCUCUGUGAUGAGUUGAUGAUCGCCUGAUCUCUUGUUUGCUCUGUCUGGAAUCUUCUGUUUUUUGUGUUAAAAUUCAAACAAUUAAUUCAUCUUCUACCUUUUUCCAGUUUAAACCAUGUCCGACUCACCCUCGCCCUCUGCUCGCUCACUCAAUCCAUCCACUUCAGACCAUCCGACAGUACUUCAACCACAACAGCCACCGACACACCCGCCAAUCACUGCUCGAAGUGUCUCAGCUGAGGCUGCUCGAGCUAGGGCGAUCUCCGGCUCACUCUCCCAACGCAAACUGAAACUCGAGGCAGCCUACAGCAAGAAUCCUAACCCUAGUACUACUACUCCUACUCCUACCACUCCUACCACUCCUACUACUCUUCCUACUCCGACGAUUAAUGACCAACAGCUGCUCACUGUACUACUCAGUCCAACACUACCCAUCCUCAGCAACAGUCAGCCCACCACCACCACCACCACCAACAAGACCAUCAGCACCAAGAAGUCCUUCAACUCUCAUCACUUCCUGCCAUUAGCACUCAGGCCAAGGUUCACUCGCUCCACCUCCGACAGCUCAGCACCUCCAACCGACAUCCAGCCUAUCGACAACCCUAACUCAAACUCAACCAGCCAGCUACUCCCUCCCCACUCAGCAGACAAGACCAACAAAACCAAAGAACAACAACAAAGACCCUGGCUGAUCUCAUCCCACUCAAGCCCAGCCCAUCCACAACCCAUCAGCCUCUCCAUCCUCCCACCAACACCCCAGCCCCACCACUCAUCCUUCUCUCAGCAGAACAUGCCAUCCAUCUCACAGCAACCACAACCUCAACCCAUCUCAUCCCUACCAGCCACAGCAGACCCUAAUCUCCAGCAAUCACCCCCACUACUACUACCACCACCACCACCACCACCACCACCAACCCAGGAGAAACGAUCACGAGCCAUCAGACUCACCAGCUCAAUCCGAAAGGCUGGCAAUAGUCUCAGUCCACGAACAGCAGCAUCAUCAUCAACCACCAACACAGCAACACCCACCCAACAACGCACCCAGCGAACCAGCAGACUAUUCUCGAGUAGAUCUGCAACCACAGCUAAUAACAGUAGCACUACCCAAACUACUACAACUACAAACCAUCGUAACGAUCAGUCUCCAGUCUCGCCUGCAACAUUCUGCUCUGUCCCUAUGACCCCCAUCUCUCCCGACUGCAAUCCCACUCAGGUCGGUGGUGAUUCUUUAUUGGCUCCCAUCAACAACUCGACAACUCAGAAUCAACCUACUGCACCUCAACUCAUUCCAACACCCGCCCCAUCCUCAUCGAACCGAACAAAGAGCCAAAACGAGCAAGACCCCCAAAUCUCCUCCACAACCUCACCUGAUCCAACCGAACCAUCUCAAGCACUUUCUCAGCAUCCUUUGCCUCUAUCCAAUCCUCAACAUCAUCAUCAUCAACAACAACAACAACAACAGCAGCAGCAGCAGCAGCAACAGCAGCAACAGCAACAGCAGCAGCAGCAACAACAACAACAGCAGCAACAACAACAACAGCAUCAUCAUCAUCAUCCCACUCAACACUCCAACACUUUCCAGAUCACCCCUUCCUCCUCACCCACCAUCCCCCCCUCUACUCCUUCCCUCAUUCAAGACACCCAACAGACCCCAAGCCCUUCAUCCGACCUUCAUCAUCAGUCAUCCACCCCAACCGCCUCCAAGCAUCACCCCUCUCAAAACGUUCUAACCAUCGCCCUCUCAAAGGCUCAAACCGCCGUCCAACUCGAUACUGCCCUUCAAAUCCCUGAAGCUAUUCAUGCCUACACCGAGGCCGUCCUCUUACUCGAACAGGUCAUCGAUAACAUCGAUGUCUCGAGCAAAGAACGCGAACAGAAGGAAUGGGAUGGUCUUAUGAACGAUCAAGCUCGGGAUAAGAUCUGGGCUGAAGAGGUCUGGAAGCAACUUAAUCAGGAUGAUCUUGAUGACCUCGAUCGUGAAGAACUCGAAUCAAGUCUGCGCGAAAGAGAGCGUAAAUGGCUAGAUAAGCACUGGAAACACCAAAAACGUAAGAAGGCUCGCGCAGAUGAGGAGGACCGGCUGAUAGGCAUCCACAACACUUAUGCCAGUAGGAUUGCUGAGCUUCAAGCCGAGAUCCUUUCAAACCACCAUGCCAUGUUUCAUUCGGACCAGUCUCCCGACUCAUCCCCAACGCGUGGUUGGCCUAAAUCUGACGAGCAGCAAUCACCACCAGUAAAUUCUUCCAGCCACGGCCAACCACCAUUAUCAGAAACUGGGCGUAAAUCAUUCAGCUCCGAUUCUACUACCCGGGAAGGUAUCCAGUCCCAACACUUAGAGCUUCCUUCAACUCCUCAACGUGCCAACCAUCAGCAAGUAUCAUUGGCUUCGUGUGACCCAGAAUCGUUUCGCCAAUCUCGUGAAAUUGCAGAGGAAGAGAAAGAUGUGGUCUCUGAGAGACUCCCGCAUUAUGGUAGUGUGAAUCCUCAAAACAAUCGCAAUCGAGCCUCUAGUAGCAUCUCCGGCGCAAGUCUUUCUCAGCUUGGAAGGGCCCAGUCCAACGAAAGUAUGACGACCAGGCGGACGAGCGUUUCUUCUACUGUCUACAAUCUCGAUCAAUCCAAGCCUACCCAAGCAGCCAAUGAACCACAACUUGAAUCUUCCCAUGCCAGAAGCCGAAGUUCGAUUGAUCCUCGACCUACUUCUCGACAUUCAGCCAGACUUUCGGAUGCUACUAUUGCUUCCAUCAGACCCGAAAGUCCGCACGCAGCUAAUCAAAACAUUCGACGUCAACCUUCUCAGAAGUUACUCGUCAGCCAGACAACCACGCAAGGUACGAUAAGCCAGCGGCGUCGCAGCCCUAGCUGUGUUGAUACCACUCGUCGAUCUUUAUCAAGAUCACAAGGUCCCCCAGAAACCGGUACCAUCUCAUUCACACGACCCACAAACUCUGAUUAUUCAUCUUCAAUGAAUCGGAGACCCUCUAAUCUUAGCUUGAUGGGCACCGUGCCCUCAGCAGCGAUCCCUCUACGGCUCCGCUCCUAUUCACAACCUGGAAAACGACCUGGUUUGCCGCCUUCAUUCAUUGCUGAUGAUAAUACGCCCCCGGUGCCCAAUUCACCCCUACUAUCUGGUUCAUCAAAAGGUCCCAUCCCUCGAAAGCCUUCCUCCCUCGCACACUCAAACACCCCACUCUUAGGCAACAGCAAUCAUGCUACUUCUCAAGACUCCUCCCAGUCAGCAAGGCCAGUCUCUCAACUCUCUGCCCCGGGUCCGAGUCCUUUGAGCCAUGUUUCCUCCAUACCUGCAAGUCAUCACAACCGGGGAACACACAGAUUAGAAUCUCAACACACUCUUCCUACCUAUGAGAUCCAACCUUACGCCCAUGCCUCACUCUCACCUGGCUCGAUGUAUGCUGGAAGCGCAGCCCCAGUAGGAUCCUUGCCUACCUAUCCGAAAAUCCCCGCUCGUCGACCCUUCCAUCUGAUGCGACUGAUUCGGACGUCGAUGUCCACCGGUGCUUACGUCUCCCCACGACUCUACGUGCCCCGACAGAUGUGGUACCAAGUGCAGGUCAAGCUACAUGGGCUGGAGACCAAGAUCAAAUUGAUGGAUACGCUUCUAGCUGGGCUCGAGUUAGUCGAACGAGACGGAGCUGGGCUAGUCGGAGUUGAGAUGCCAAGCUCAGCCACUAAAGAGCCUGUCUGGGAUUUCGCCGAAGGCCGGAAGCCUAAACCGACGCUAUCCUCUCAAGUCCUGACGGCCACCGAGAGGUUCAUGAAGCGACUUGAGAUCUUUGAGGAGUUGCUCGACAAUCUCCAGACCGGCGGAGCCAAGAAACUCGGACUCAAUGCUGCCGGAGUCCAAGAGACUGCUUAUGGUCAAGACACCAUGCGCAAAGGUGGCGGUUUUGGUACAUUGAUGGCCCAUAAACUUGGCAAAGGUUUAGAUCGGAUCACUCUAGGACGAGGAAAUGCUGAUCUUCCGACACUAUAUGUCGACACGAUCGCUCGACUGUUUGACAAAUCACAAGCAAUCGAUGCACAUUUAGCUAGUUUAGACCUUGCCGCCCGUUCCCAAGGCAAUACCGCCGGAGCAGGCAUGUAUAGCGCGAUCGGUCAACAGUCGAAGCAGCACAUCGAAGGCCGGCUGCGCAGGGUAUCAGAGUUCUAUUCGACCGUCGUCUGUCGGUUCGUGGUCGCAGAUAUGGGUGUGCUGCUUGAUAAAUACGUCAAGAGAGGUGGCAAUUGGUGUGGUGAUUGAGUAGACUAAGUGGGAAUUGUAUCAACACACAUCUUGUAAAUAUACAUAUCUGGUGAUCAUCUUUCUCUUAUUAUUAUUUAUUUAUUUAUUUCCGUCUCUUAUGGUUUACACAUUUACGAUGUUAGUCGGUAUUUACACAAAGGGGGGUUUUUGGUUUCUUUAGAGGAGAUUCAAUCCGUUUUCUUCUUCUUCUGUCAACGUAUUCUUUCAUAUAUAGAACAUCCGUUUGGGUUUCCUGCUUUAUUUUUUUUUCCUUUUUCUUUUUU